UAUUCGCUGCUAAGAGAAGUCUUCGACUGAGACCAACAAUGAGAGCCUACCUGGUCCUGCUUCUGCUGCUCCCUCUCUGCACAGCCGACUACAACAUUGAAUGUUACGGCGAGGACUUCCUGAUGCUGAGGAACCAGCUCCUACAGUGCUCAAGCAGAACACAGCAGGCCUGCUACACCAGGAAGACUGGGGAGAAGGGCUGUGCUCGGCUGGAGUUGUGCUCUCGAUCAGGCUGGAAGUGCUGCUAUGAGGACCGCUGCAAUGCCUAGAGCUGAUUCCAGGGGACACUAACUCCACGGCCCAGGAAAGGCAGAGGACGAAGAGCUGUGAUAUCAGCCGACAGCAAUUUGCUGUUUAGCACUUGGUGAAUGGAAUGUGUUUGUAUAAAUAACGUGACAAAAAUAACUUUAAUUUGAUGUAAAGUCACAUGAAAUAAAGUCCUACGAAAUUGUAA